AUGCCGGACAUUAGAGUCACGCCAUUGGGCGCGGGUCAGGACGUGGGCCGGAGCUGUGUUUUGGUGACCAUUGGGUCCAAGAAUGUGAUGUUUGACUGCGGAAUGCAUAUGGGAUUCAAUGAUGAGCGCCGAUUCCCGGACCUGUCGUACAUCACCCGCGAGGGCCCACUCAACGAGUUCUUGGACUGUGUGAUCAUAACUCACUUCCAUUUAGACCAUUGCGGAGCACUUCCAUACAUGUCUGAAAUGGUGGGCUUCGGUGGACCCAUAUAUAUGACUCACCCGACGAAAGCCAUUUGUCCGAUACUUCUGGAGGACUACCGGAAGAUUACGGUCGACAAGAAGGGUGAGACGAACUUCUUCACGUCGCAGAUGAUCAAGGAUUGCAUGAAGAAAGUGGUGGCAGUGAACCUGCACGAGACGGUCCGGGUGGACGACCAGCUCGAGAUCAAGUGCUACUACGCGGGCCACGUGUUGGGCGCCGCCAUGUUUCACAUCCGCGUGGGUCAGCAGUCGGUGGUCUAUACCGGCGACUACAACAUGACUCCCGACCGCCAUUUGGGCAGCGCUUGGAUCGACAAAUGCAGACCCGAUCUGUUGAUCACCGAAUCGACGUACGCGACCACCAUUAGGGACUCCAAGAGGUGUAGGGAACGGGACUUUCUCAUGAAAGUACACGAGUGUAUCGAAAAGGGCGGCAAAGUGUUGAUCCCUGUGUUCGCGUUGGGAAGGGCUCAGGAACUCUGUAUUCUUCUGGAGACCUAUUGGGAGCGAAUGAACCUCAAGUGUCCCAUAUAUUUCGCCAUCGGGUUGACCGAAAAGGCCACCAAUUAUUACAAACUCUUCAUCACUUGGACUAAUCAGAAGAUUAAGAAGACUUUUGUCCAGAAGAAUAUGUUUGACUUUAAGUACAUUAAGCCUUUCGAUCGGUCCUAUUCUGACAAUCCCGGCCCUAUGGUUGUGUUCGCCACUCCCGGUAUGCUUCACGCGGGUCUGUCUCUACACCUGUUCAAGAAGUGGGCGCCCAAUGAGAACAAUAUGGUAAUUAUGCCGGGAUUUUGUGUGCAAGGUACUGUUGGACAUAAGAUCCUAAACGGCGCCAAAAAAGUUGAAUUUGAAAACAAACAGUCCAUUGAUGUGAAAAUGUCGGUGCAGUACAUGUCGUUCAGCGCUCACGCGGACGCUAAAGGAAUCAUGACUUUAAUACAACAGUCGGAGCCCAAGAACGUACUGCUAGUGCACGGCGAGGCCGCGAAGAUGGAGUUCCUGCACAAGAAAAUCAAACAGGAGUUUGAGAUCGAGUGCUAUAUGCCGGCCAAUGGGGAGACCGUUACGAUCGGCACGAAAGUCAGUAUUCCGGUCGACGUUGAGAUCGAUCUGUUGAAGCGAUCGUUGAAUUCAUCGAGCGAUAGCUCUGACCCGAAGCGUCCGAAACUACUUCACGGCACUCUUAUGAUGACUAACACAGGAACGGGACCUCAGUUCAGAUUAGUCGACCCCAACAAAGCCAUGCAAGAGCUCGGAAUCAAACCACAUGUCAUCCAAUUCACGUCAACUGUCAAACUCAAGGCAUCCAAUAGUACGCCACAAAAAAUCACUGAAUUUGUAUUUCAGAAGUUGAAAAAUAAACUCUCGGAUCAACACGACAUCAAACUUGCGAGUGACUGCUCUAUCAUAGCGUCCACAGCAAUGAUUAGAGUGAAUAAAGGGUCGGACAAUGAUCUGAAGGAAGUGUAUAUUUCGUGGUCCGAUCACGAGGAAGCAUUGGGCAGUUAUCUCAUUAAUUUCAUACAAGGACUCCAGAGAUCACUCGACACAUAGAAUCAAAUGAAUUGAUUUCUUGAAUCAUUUGAAUACUUUAUUAUCAAAUUCAUAAUAAAUAACUAAAUUGUAUAUAAAUACCUAUAAAUACAUUAAAGUUUAAAUCAUUGAUUGAUUAUUAAAAUCUAUAAA